AUGUUUUGUGCCGCCGUCGGGGUCCUUUACGCCAAUGAGGGCAUGAAGCCGACGAAGCCCAAGAUGUGGCAGAAAGUCCAGCGCGUCCUUGCCGACCGGGACGUGACCUGGCGAUCGCAGGUCUCCUGCAAAAACAUCUACGACCUGGUCAACACUUACUCGGAGUCGCGGACGCGGUAUCUGAUCAACGCUGGGACCGUGACGAUGUCGCCCUCGGUCGAGCGGCAGUACGGACGACUGCUGAGGACAGUCGACCGCUGGAUUGCCUUGUCCAAGGACAGGUCUUCCGUGACGGACAUCCUGCGGUUCAAGAGCAAGAUGAAAUGGCUUGCGAACCACAGCAUCAGCAAGACACAUCUGAGACGCGAGCACACGAAGCAUCAUGGCCAGAUGCCUACGCCGGCGAGUUCGGACGUGAUAGAGACUGAAGAAUAG